AUGAUCAUAACACAUCUACCUCGUGACGCUGCCAAAGCCCUCUCAUCUGCCGCAGAUUUUCCCAAACCGAAAGUCACGGUACAUUUCAAAGCUGUAGGGAGUUCACCGGAGCUGAAGAGAAAGUUAUGUCAGAUCUCGAGCACGCAGCGAUUUGAGGUUGUGGUUUCGUAUUUGAGGAGGACACUGAAGGUGGGCGAUAUGGAUAGUGUGUUUUUAUACGUUAAUUCUAGCUUUGCGCCGGCGUUGGAUGAGAUUGUGGGGAAUUUGCAUAGGUGCUUCAAGGAUUCCAAGGACCAGCUUAUUGUUACGUAUUCCAUGACACCAGCGUUUGGAUGA